CCACUACACAGCAUAGAAGAGAGAGAGAGAGAGACAGAGACAGAAAGAGGAGAGAGAGAGUGACUUGGGGAACUGGGCGCAGAAAGCAGCCAGCAGAAGUCACUCCAAGACAGAAGCCUUCCCCAAUGCUUGACCAGUCCUCUUCUUCAUCCCAAGACUAGGGUUCCUCACUUCUCCUUGAGAAACUCGAAACCCACCUAGCCUAGCUCCAAAGAAAAUCACUGUCUUCACCCCCAUUGACUCUGUUCACACCACAAAAUCCUCAGUCGGUUUGGUUGGUGGGAGUGGAGUUAGUUUCUCUGGAGUUUCUUUGAAGGGAUCUAACUGUUUGUGUCUUUUGUUUGCUUUGGCUUCACUAAUGAAUACACACUACAGGUGUUGUGGGUCAGGUGGGGCUCCGGAGUAGCGUGCUUUUCGUCUGCAGUAUUUCAACUUUGAACCAAGAGGAGGUUUAAAUAUGCAAACACCAAAAACAAGAACUGGCUCUCUGGAGGUGCCUCAAAGGACAUCUCCUGCGACACCUCGAACUGCUCGACAGCUUAAGGCGACGGGAUCUGAUUCUGACUCAGUCCAAUCUCCAAAUCCCGCAAGCAGGACACCCAAGGACAGAAGUCCUAAAGUUGUUGAACGCAGAUCACCCCGAAGUCCUGCUCCUGAUCAGAAGAAACGCCCCAGCAAAGUCUCUGAACUGGAAUCUCAGCUUGCUCAGCUCCAGGAGGAACUGAAGAAGGCAAAGGACCAGCUGAGCUCAUCUGAAUCCUAUAAGAAGCGGGCCGAGGAAGAGGCUGAAGAGGCCAAGAAGCAGUUAGCUGCCACUUCAGCAAUGCUCAAAGAUUCCCAACAACAGUUAAUGGAGCUUUCUGAUUCCGAUGACGCUAGGGUCCAAGAGCUCCGUAAGAUCUCCCAAGAACGCGAUCGAGCGUGGCAAUCUGAACUCGAGGCUGUCCAGAAACAGCAAUCUCUGGAUUCUGCUGCAUUGGGUUCUGCAAUGGGUGAGAUUCAGAAGCUCAAGAUGCAGUUAGAAAGGCUGGCUGAAUCUGAAGCUGCUCAGGCUAAGUAUGCAGAAUCGACACAUGCUGAGAUACAGAACGUAAGGCUUGAGCUCGAAGAAACUCUCUCCCUGGUUGAGCACUUGAAAACCCAGCUCAGUGAUUGCAAAGAAUCUGAAACUCGGGCCUUAGCAUUUGUCAGUGAAACUCAAAUGAAGUUGGAAAGGGCGAAGGAAACGGAGAAGAUGCUCAGAUCCGAAGGUCUUAAUGCCAUGGAAGCUUGCAAAUUGAUGGCUGUGGAAUUGGAGCAGUCCAAAGAUAGAGGAAAUAUAUUGGAGGAACACGUUGGCAAACUACAGGCCAAUCGUGCUCUAGCAGAUGGAGAACAUGAGGAUUCAGGGCAACUGAAAGAAGAGCUUAAUAAACUGAAAUUUGAAGUGGCUCAAUUAAAAUCUGCUUUGGAUGCAGCCGAGAGCAGGUACCAGGAGGAGUACAUUCAAAGCACGUUAGAGAUUAGAAGUGCUUAUGAACUAGCAGAGCACACAAAAUUGGAGGCAUCUCAAAAAGAGGCUGAAUUGGACUCGAAGUUGAUGAAGGCAACCAAAGAGAUUGAAGAGUUGAAGGCUGAUUUAGUGGCCAAAGAUACUAAAUUGCAGAGUAUUUUAAAGGAGAAUGAAGGACUGAGUGGAGAGAUUGAGAAAAAUAUGUGGGGCGAAAGUGAGUCUCAGUUGGAAAUGGAGAAGAAGAAGUUUGAGGUGGGUUUGGCUGAUUUAAAGGCAAGUUUGUUGGAUAAAGAAAACGAACUACAAAGCAUAAAGGAGGAAAAUGAGUUGAUGAAGUUUGAAAUUAGGAAGAGGGAGGUGGAGAGUAAUGAAGCGAAAGACGAGGCCCUUGCUUUAGCAGAAUCAGCUAAGGCUGCAGAGAGAGAGGCUCUAAUGAAACUAGGGUUUUUAACAGAAGAAGCUGAUAAAAGUAGCAGAAAAGCCGCCCGCGUGACUGAACAGUUGGACGCAUCACAGGCGGCAAAUGCCGAGAUGGAGGCAGAGCUGAGGAGGUUGAAGGUGCAGUCGGAUCAGUGGAGGAAGGCAGCAGAGGCGGCUGCCGCUAUGCUAUCGACUGGGAAUAAUAAUGGGAAGUAUGUGGAGAGAACUGGAUCUCUUGACUACCAUACUAUCGGUGGGAAACUUGGAUCGCCAUUUUCGGAAGAUUUGGAUGAUGAAUCGCCAAAGAAGAAAAACGGUGGCAUGUUCAAGAAGAUUGGUGUGAUGUUGAAGGGCCAGAAGUAAUCGCGUUGUCUGGCAGGUAUUUGGAGGCUGUGGGACUGGAGGAGAUUUUCUGGGAAACACUCUUUUGCAGAGUCUGUAUACUGGUUUAUAUCUGGAAAUGUGUGGACUCCUGUUGUUUUCUCUCCUGCCUUAAGUAGCUGAUUUUGAGUAUUCUACUCCGCCUUUUUUUUUUUUUUUUUUCCGUAUUAUGACUGUAUGUUUAAGGCAAUGUAGUUAUUGUGGGGAAUUAUCCAAUGCGAGAUUGGAGAAUUGAAACUGCUGCGUUAAGAUUUCAGGAACGUUGCGUUGCGAUACCAUUCUCAACAUCUCCUGUUUUUCUCCCAAUGAAUAAAACCUGGUAUGAAAACUUUAUUGCCU